UCGUUUCAGUACGGACUAUUUUUGCUGACUCACACAGGACAGGCAGGCUACUUGCCGCUGUGAAAACAUUUAUCGGUAUCGAUGAGGUUUCUCUAGUUAAUCGAUGAUUAAUUGUCGGUCCGUGUAGCGAAACAACCGCCUGGGAAACUCGCUGCAGGUGAAGGAGGGGCACCGUGGAAAUGGUCGAGUGGAGUCCGAUAGCGAAGGCGUACGACCCGCUGAAAGCUGGCAGCAUCGAUGGCACGGACGUGGAGCCCCAUGACCGGGCUGUGUGGAGGGCUAUGGUCGCCCGCUAUAAGCCCAACAAAGGUGUUAUUGGAGACCCACUGCUCACCUUGUUUGUGUCCCGUCUGAACCCCCAGACAACAGAGGACAGGCUGCACCAAGUGUUCUCCAAGUACGGAGACAUCCAGCGGCUCCGGCUGGUCCGGGACAUCGUCACCGGCUUCUCCAAGAGAUACGCCUUCAUUGAGUACAAGGAGGAGCGGGCUGUUGUCCGGGCCCGACGGGACGCCAACAAGCUUGUGGUGGACCAGCACGAAGUGUUUGUGGAUUUUGAACAGGAGAGGACCCUCAAAGGAUGGGUCCCCCGGCGGCUCGGCGGCGGGCAGGGGGGGAAGAAAGAGUCCGGACAGCUGCGGUUCGGCGGCAGGGACAGACCUUUCCGGAAACCUAUUAACCCCGGGGUCGGUCCUGUGCAGGGAGGAGGAGGAGGAGGUGGAGGUGGAGGAGGGGGGAGGGAGUGGGAGAGACAAGGGGUGAGAGACAGGGAGGACCGGGACCGACACAGGGAGGCUGACUGGGGCAGCAGAGGGAGGAGAGAUGAGCGGGACAGGGGUAGAGAGAGGGAGGACCGCAAACACCGAGACAGGAGCAGGCACCGGGACCGGAGGUGAAGCCCGGGGUAGGACUACAGAGUACUGCUCUCACCCGGUCCAAAGGACGUGUUACACUUGUUGGACCUGGAGCAGCAACUUUCAGCUGGUACUCUGGAGAAUUUCAGUAUUUCUCAGGAAAAAUCUGACUGCUUUUGUAGUCUGAAAAAAUACAAUUAGUUAUUUUUAUUUCUGCUUUCUUUAUAAGUGAGACCAUUAACUUUCUUUUUUUUUUUAAUCUGAGGCUGAACUACUUGGUAACAAUUCCUAAAAUGGACAAUUAAACGAUGUUGUCUCUCUGUCUCUCUCUCUCUCUAUGUUUUUACUGAUGAAGAUUUUUGGAGUGUCAUACUUGGUGCAACAUUGACUGUAUACACAGGGAAAGAAAAGCAAAUAAACAACUUGAUGUUAA